AUAUGAGUAUAUAUUAGGACAGCUAGCCUUCAGCAACACUGGCUUGUCCCAGCCUCCCUAUUCCAGUAACCUUGGUGGUUUUAAUUACGUUGAAGUGGUUUAUUUCGUUGAUUACUGUAUCCUGGCGGUAUUAGAUCAGAGGUUGUGAAUAAAUUAAUAAAUUUUAUCAAUAUUUUUAUUUAAAUACAGCACAACUAGAAUAAUAUAAUAAAUAAUGUCUCAUCAGACAGGAAUAAAAGCUAAUGACGCUCUGAAAAAAAUAUUCGCCAAGUGUCGAGAUGGAAAAAUUCGAGUGUUAAAAGUAUCUAUUGAAAAUGAGGAGUUAGCACCAUCUACAUCAUCAAAACCUGUCGGAAAAUGGCAAGACGACUAUAAUAAAUUAGUGAAACCACUUAUCGAUGAAAAUCAACCAGCGUACAUAUUAUUUAGACUUGACACCAAGUCACCAGACUCCGGCUACGACUGGCUAUUUAUCUCCUGGUCGCCCGACAAUGCACCAGUGCGCCAAAAAAUGCUCUACGCGUCAACGAAAGCCACCCUGAAACAGGAAUUCGGGACUGCUUCCAUAAAAGACGAAUUGCAUGGCACCGUGAUGGAAGACGUAACUCUGGAGGGUUACAACAGACACAAGAAAAAUGAUGCUGCACCAGCACCCCUUACUUCUGCUGAAGAAGAGCUGGUUGAGCUCAAGAAAACAGCUAUACAUACUGACUACAAUGUUGAAACGCGACAUCAGACGCUCAGUGGUGUUGCGUUCCCUGUAACUGAUGAAGCUAAACAGGCGAUAACUGACAUGGGAAAAGGAGUCCAUGAAUAUGUUCAGUUGAAAAUAGACUUGGACGAAGAAAAAAUUCAUUUAGUUAUGACUGGUGACGUUUCUUUGGAUAAGUUACCUACCAAGGUACCUGCUGAUGCUGCCAGAUAUCAUUUAUAUAACUUUAAGCACACUCACGAGGGUGAUUACACUGAAGCAAUAGUUUUUAUCUACAGUAUGCCAGGGUACAGUUGCAGUAUCAAAGAGCGAAUGCUUUAUUCGUCAUGCAAGGCUCCAUUGCUGGAUCUUAUCCAGUCAUUAGGUGUUACAAUUGCGAAAAAGCUAGAGAUAGAUGAUGCAACGGAAUUAACCGAAGGAUUUUUACAAGAGGAGCUACACCCAAAAGUCAAUUUACACCGGCCAAAAUUUGCUAAGCCGAAAGGACCCCCCGGCAGAGGUGCCAAACGUAUUACCAAGGUCCAGGACUUAGAUAAGCAAGAAGAAUCAUAAUUAAUUAUUUUAUUGCGUGUGUAAUUUUUCUUUUGAUUUUUUUUUUUUGUUUUCGCAAUCACAAACAGGGUGGUAGGGACUUUAGUCUAUUGACUACGUGAGAUUAUAGUGCAUUUUGUUAUUUUAAAAUUCAUUAUUUAUUUAAUCAAUUUAAACAUGUACUAGUAUCAUUAUAGUAUUAAAUUUAUUUACUAGUUAAGCAUUUAAUCAGGCCUAUUCUAAAAGCAGGAUUGUUAAUUCCAAUGCUUUUUUAAUGAAUUUAAAAAUUAUAAUUAUGUAAAUUUUUAUGUAUUAUAUGCAAUAAGGUAGGUAACGUUAUUUUACAAAUUUAUUGACAAUUAAUUGUCAAGUUAUAACUUCAUGGCCUACAAGUAGUUUUUAAAUAGUAUGUCAAUAAUUGAAAGUAUUUAAUGUGUUUACAGAUUUUUUUUUGUAAAUUAUCAAUUUAGCAAAAUAAAAGUAUACCAACAUGA